AUGGACGAAAAAAUAAAGAUUCCUCCUAACAAUUUAUUAAAUCGAAUUCAAUCCUCAAUCAACUCAUUAAGAUCUACAGCUUACGCUCAUUAUUAUCCACUACAGAUUUCCUCUUCAUAUAAUAACUUUAGACAGCCUUCAAGAACAUUUCCUCAUUUCAUUAGACGCAAAUGGAGUUAUAUAACUUUUGGUUUGAUUAUACUCAUAAUAGUGAUGGUAAAGAUAAAAUUUGCACGUGAAAUAGAUCCUUUUGAGGAAACACCCGCAUUAACAGGUCAUUCAAUACCGCAACAAGCACAACCACAACGACCACCGCCUCAAUUUUCAACUUUUACAGACAAUUAUCCAAAAAAACUUGCAAUCUUAAUAUUACCAUCGUCCAACUCAUCAAUUGGAACAUAUAAUAAAGCAAUUGUGGAAACUUGGGGAAAAAUAGCCAAAAAAAAUAAAUCAUUAAGUGUAGAUUUAUGGUUUGCGACUUCCGAAGAUACUUUAAAAAAUUUUGGGUGGCCCAAUGUACCAGUCUUUACAAGCAAAGAAAAUGUUAUUGAUAAAACAAGCAAUGACAAAAAAUCUGGAUUAAAUGAUUUAGAAAAUUCAACCGAAGAAAAUAAAAUUCCACAAAAAAAAGAUGAUUUAAAAGAAAUGAUGAGAGAACUACUUGAACAAACAAUGGUAUUUAAAGAACCAUACAAAUUAAAUGAAAUGCAAAAGGAAUUUAAAAAUCUUACAAAGGCAUUACACUUCCUUUAUGAAUAUCAUCUUGAUCAUUACGAUUAUUUCCUAAAAAUUUCAGAUAAAACUUUUGUUCAAUUGCCACGUCUUCUUAAUCUACUCUCAAAUUACAAGCCUCCAUUUAAACCUAGGUUGAUUGGACAUCCUGAUGUUGAUUUUGAUACAAACAAAAAAUUUUGUUGGAAAGGUCCAGGUUACAUAAUGAAUAAAUAUCUUUUAGCAAUAAUUGGACCACAUUUGCCAUUUUGUUUAGAAGAUGACGAAACUAUGACAGAAGAUUUAGCAUUAGAAAGGUGUUUAAAUAAAUAUGUUCCAAGUUUUAAUGGAUGUGAGAGUCUUAUUAAUGGAACAGGUUAUGAAUUUUUAUAUAUAAGACCUGAUGAUGAUGCAAGUUGGGAGAAUAUGGUUAAUCCUGAAAGACAAUUUAAUGAUGGAAACACCAAUGGACAAACAUUUGCUGAUGCCAUUACAAUUGGAGAAGUUGAUGAAAUACAUAAAUUAAAAGAUUUAGAAAAAUUAUAUGGUAUUGGAGGAAAAUAUGAAUCAUUAAUCGAGAAGUUGAUGAAAAAAAGAAUAAAAUUAUCGAAAGGUGUUCCUUUUGGACAUCCAAUAAAAAAUGAUGAUGAUUUAAAAGCCAAAAAAUUGGCUCAUGCACCAACAGCACCACCAUCAAUAGCAACGAUGACGCCUUCAACCUCGAAAGUUUUAGCAGCA